AUGGUCUUCACGCGUGGUGAUAUCUCCGGCCAUGAUGAUCUGCCAAUAGGUAAAUCAGAUCAAAUCCACAAGUGUAGAACCCACAAUAUUGACAACGACACAGAUCAUCACGAAGCCAGCAAAAAGAUCAAAAUAGUUUCAUGGGAUGGACCACUGGAUCCUGGAAACCCAUACAACUGGUCUCUAGGCCGAAAAUGGUUUCUCACAGGCCUCUCUGUGUUCGCCACCUUCAUAUCCUUGAUCAACGGCACAAUCCUCACAGUGGCACACGAACCUAUGAAUGAGUAUUUCAACGUUUCAGAUGCUGUUUUCCCUCAUUCGUACUGGCCUGUCACUUCGUGGGCCAUUGGCGGCACCUUUUUCUGCCUGUUCAUUCUCCCGCUCAUGGAGGACUUUGGUGUGCGAUGGGUGUUCUUAGGCACGUACGUGAGCUUCAUUUGCUUUGUCGUGCCCCAGGCAGUGGCACAGAAUUUUGAAACGCUGGUUGUGACAAGAUUCUUUGCUGGCGGAUGUGUCUCCAUUCUUGCAAAUACCGCUGCCACCGUGAUUGGGAAUGUCUGGGACAGUGAGCGAAGUCGCAACAUUCCAGUCAGUCUUUUCAUCAUUGCCUAUCUGGCAGGAAGCAGUAUUGGACCUGUCAUUGGAGCUGCUAUCUUCCAGCAUCUAUCAUGGAGGUGGAUUGGGUAUAUCCAGAUCAUCUGGUAUGGUGCUUUCUUCCCUAUUUAUUUCUUCUUCUUCAAGGAAUGUCGUGAAAUCGCCAUUCUCGGACAACGGGCGAAGGCUCUGCGCCGUAAAGGCGAGAAUGCCUAUACUCAGCAUGAGAUCGACACACAGGAUCAGUCGAUCUUGAGUAUAGUGGGUCGCAGUGCGAGCAGGCCUAUUGUACUUUUCUUCACCGAGUCCGUGGUGUUCGUCUCGACACUGUGGUCGGCCUUCACCGUCGGUACGUUGUACCUGUUUACUCAAUCCGUCGAGCAGGUAUUUGCGGAACUGUACGGCUGGGAUGCAUCACAGGCUGGAUACAUCCAGGCCGCCGUCGUGAUAGGAGAAAUUUUGGGAUGGGUGGUCACUUUGUUCUCGGGCAAGGUCUACUUCGCUUCGGCAUCCCGCAACAAGGAACUUCCCGGCACCCCUAUCCCAGAGGCCCGAUUGUAUUUCGCUAUCGCAGGGGGUAUGUUUGGUAUCUCUGGUGGAAUGUUCACAUAUGCCUGGACGUCAUACCCCCAGUUCCCGUGGAUCGCACCGGCCAUUGGUCUCGGCAUGGUAGGGGCUGGUAGUGUUGUUGUUGUGACAGGAAUUUCCGACUAUGUGGUGGAUUCGUACAGCAAAUACGCAGGCAGUUGCAUGGGCAUGCUUGCCGCGGGUGAGAACAGCCUAGCGGCGUUCCUUCCGCUAGCUACAAUGAGCAUGUACAACCAUCUUGGUUUCCAGUGGGCUAGUACGCUUCUAGCCUUCAUCGCAUUGGCUCUAUCGUCUACCCCGAUCUUAAUGCUUUUCUGGGGCGAAGAGAUCCGAGCACGGAGUCCGUUCAUGAAAGAGGCAAUGGUGGAAAAGCGGAGGAAGAGUAUCGACUCUGUCUGA